UUUAAAUUCUCAUUUGACUUUAAACCCGGCUUAACUGUUAUCAACAAAAGCCAGCAUGAACUAAGUCAAUUAUACUUAAUACUUACAAUACUCGAAAGAAGCUAAGCAUGACACACGAAAGCAAUAAUGAGUUUGUAACCCUUACAGAGGUGGUACGUAAGCAGUAUUUGCUCUAUUUGGAACGGCAGCUAAAGGAGAACGUCUGCGCGUGGGCCAGCAAAUCCCGGAAUCGCCACAAACCCACUGCCUGGGCUUGCAUACCAGCGAGCUUGGAUCAACUGGAGGACAAGGCGAAACAGGCAUGCAUGGCGGCUCAGAUUUAUCAAAGAGCUAUGAUCAAGACGAUUGCCGCGGUGCGAAGGAACACCCAGGAGUGCCGCCUGGCCAACGUUGUCUUCGACCAAAUGCAGCUUUCAGCUGGAGGGGAUGAGGUUUAUGCCAAGUCAGGACAACUCUUGGUGGAUAGAGCCACUCAAACGACUGACGCGGAUGACCAGGGUGGUAAUGUCUUUGAAGGUAGCUACGACCUACGUCGGAAAAUCGAUAUGUUUCAGGCCAGACUUGAAGAGUCAGAAGAAGUAAGAGAGUCACAAAAUGAAUCGCUCUGUCGAAGUUGUCGCAGAAGGAAAAAUACUCGGGAACACAAACCUCAGGCUAGUCAAGGCUCACCUUUUUCUGAAACAGAAGAUGCAGUGGCUCAGGAGCUGGCCAUGCUGUUUGGCGAUGAGCCAACCGAUCUUAAUGACAUUUUUGGCAUUGAACCCACCGCCGUAAACGACGACCCGCAGAUCUCGGCCAUAUUGGAGGAAAUAGAGAACGCUGAACUGCCGAGUCCCAAAAAGUUUGAAGAACAACCCACAUCCCCAUCAGCCACACCUCCCAGGGAGCAACAAAUUAACAAAGUGGAUCUGCGUCAGAGUCGUUGGCCCUGCGAACUGUACGGACAGAAAAGGCAGCUUAAUGCCUGUCUGGUGCGCUUGUUGGAAGCCGACUGGCGCUGCGAAGAUCGCUUACGGUACAAAUUCCACCUGCUAUUCGGGGAGGAUAGCGAUGAUGAAUUCGCCACCGAGAUAUCCAGCCCCUCCAUUGAUCUAGUGGACGAAGUACUCCUGGCCAGCAGCGUGCUUCGCAUUCGACCGUGGAUCGUGCGACAUUUGAUGAGUCCCCUGGCAGAGGGUCUUAUUGCCAAUCGAUUUCUUUUCAAAAAGCUAGCGAAGAUGCUCGCUCACUCCAUUGUAAUGGUCAAUCCAUAUUGCUCCGAGCAGCAGAUUAAACGUGCUGUGGAGAAUUUAUUUUGCCUAAGACCAAGGGGUGUUCAAAGUGCGUAUGAUCUGGACGACCUACCGCCCUUGGAUGUGGACAAAUUUGAAGUUUGGCUUCCUUACGCAGAGAGUUGCGUAUUAAAUAAAGCCGAAUCACAGUCAAGAAUAUUUUGUGGUUUCUUUAAAUUAUAA